CUGUAUUGGUCGCUGGGAUGGAGAGACUGCGCUCCAGCGAGCGGUUAGCGCAUUAUCGUGCGUUUGGCAGGUCCGCGUGUGGGCUGCUGCUGUACAAGUCCGCUGCGUAAAAGUGGACAGGUGUGGGCGCGCCGUGUGGAGUGGGGAAUUAACAGAAAGACGCCAAAGCACUGUGAUAUAUGAGCUGAUUUGGGAACGGGCACCAGGCACUGCUGCGCUCUGUAUCCGCAGCCGUGGAGGGCUUCCCCCCUCCCGCUGUAAUAUUUAUGACAAAACGGAGGCAAAUUAUUCUGGUCACGUUUUUGGCUGACAGCCGGCUGUCCUGGAGAGCGCUGGAGUGGAUCGGGGUCCAGUGUUGGCGAUAGCGCAGCGCACCGACACCUGCAGUAGGAUGUAAAGGGAAUUCCCACUCACCAAACUGAAUCAACCACAGAUCUGGCCAUCAUCCUCAUCACUGCCUCAUCUGAGCGAGAGGAAAAAGAAAGUCAGAGCAUGGUCUGGUGUGGCAGCCGCUAUUGCUAUGUGUGAAGGAGUGCCGUGGUGUCAAUGGAGACCGAAGGCUAUCGUGACCUCCUGGAGACCAGUGAUGGUCAGGGGGUAGGCCUGCUGGAUGGAGGGGGUGAGGUGGGGGUGGAGGAGGGCUGGAGCACACCCUACCCUCUUGGUUUCCAGGUGUCUUUGACCACAGUGCUGAUACUGGAGCUGGUUUUGGGUUUCAGCAGCAACCUGACCGUACUUGUGCUCUACUGUGCUCAGUCCAACCUGGUGGAUUCAGUCAGCAACCUGGUCACAGUCAAUCUCCACGUGCUGGACAUACUGGUAUGUGUGCUCUGUCUGCCACUCACUGUGGCUGUGAUCCUGGUGCCAGCCAAUGGAAGCGGAGUCAGCAGCCUGGCCACGCUGUGCUGCUUUCACGAGGCCUGUGUCACAUUCACCAGUGUGGCCACAGCAGUCAAUGUGCUGGUGAUCAGUUUGGACCGAUACGACAUCUCAGUGCGUCCGGCCAGUCGUCUGCUGACACCCAGGCGUGCAGCGCUGCUUCUGGCAGCAGUGUGGGCUGUGUCUCUGGCUGUCUUCUUCCUGCCCUUCCUUGAGGGGGACUUCUUCUCUUCGAGUACUGAGGACAGUGAAGAUGAGGAGCUGGAAGGGCAGAACCUUGACUCAGAGGUCACCACUGGACUGACUACCAUAUUUACCUCCCUCUCUCCAACCUCUCUACCUACAACUCAUCCUUCCUCCCCUUCACACCACCUGCCUCCAGCAUGGCAGAACAGGACACUGCUGUGCGUAGGAGGGCAGGGGUACUACACAGGCCUGGCUAUGUAUUACCACUUGUUACUCCAAGUGCCAUGCUUCUUCAUCGCUGUGGUUGUCAUGUUGUUCACUUACUCCAGGAUCCUGCAAGCCCUCAACAUUCGCAUUGGAUCCCACAUGAUGAGGAGUACGCAUGCAAAGGACUCCACCUGCAGGAUACGCUGCAGGAGGCGGAAGAGGAAGGACCUGAGCCUGCCUACAGAGGUAGUGUCCUCCAACCAGAACCAGAACCUCAACCAUCCUCCUCUUAUUCCCUCCCCGACCCCUACUCCAACAUCACCCCCACCACUCUCCUCGAUGCCCCAGGGGAUGUCUGACAGUGGAGCAACUGUCACCACUGUCAGUACUGCUGCCACCACACCCAUUGCCACCACACCAGCCACCCCUGCAUCUCCAACCCCAGCUUCAACCUCAGUCCAGACCCACGCCACCUCGCCUCUACCUGCAUCCUCCAUGGGUGUACAGGCAUCAGUUUCUGCCAUCAUCGCCUUGAGGCGGGCAGUGCGCAGGCACAGGGACCGUCGUGAACGCCAACGGCGCGUCCUAAAAAUGUCCCUUAUCAUCAUAUCCACAUUCCUGGGCUGCUGGGCUCCUCUGUCUGCAGUCAAUGUUCUGAUCCUGUGUAUGGGUCCCAGUGACGGCCUGGUGCGACUGCGCCUCUGCUUCUUGGCGAUGGCUUAUGGAACCACUAUUUUUCACCCUCUGCUCUAUGCCUUCACCAGGCAGAAGCUGCGUCGUGCACUCAAAACACGUGUCAAGAAAAGGGUAGUGUCACUUCUGCAGGUCGACCCAGCUCCUAGUGGGGGGACAGUUAUUCAUAACUCCUGGGUGGAGGGGGGAGGCCAGAGGAAGACUCGCAAGCCACGGGUGGAGGCCAGUGAUGGCACUGAUCGAUGCCUCACGGAGGCAGUGAGGGAAUGAGGCUGGUCUUCAGAGUGCGUUUGCAUCUGUGGGUGUGUGAGUGCAAAUCUGAAGUAUUGUAUGUACCUUACUAAUUUGCCAGAGAUGGAUCGUGUGUAUAUUUGUGCAUGGGUGAGAGAAAAAUGAGAACCAGUUAGUUUACAAAGGUCAGGACAAAUCCCAUGACCUCUGGUUCCAUGCAGAUGUGAGACAGGUGAGUCCCAAGGUCUAAUUAGAGCCAGCUUUCUGCUGUCCCUUCACAGGCCCUCAUUAGUCCACUUCCUGACUGACAGGGUGGUCACUGUGUCUCCAUGGCAACACUGGCCAAGCAUUUAGACAACACUAUAGCCAUGGCUACUGAAUACACUAGUGUGCACCCAAUGUGUUGGGUAAGGGUUAGAUAACAGCAAAUAUAUAUGUUUUUGCUCCUGCGUGCACUUUCAACUUGCAUGUGCAUGUACAUAUGCACAGUUAGACAGACACACGCACACACACACACGCACACACACGCAUACUGAUCUAUAUUUAGUCAUUAUCUGUGAAAGCACACCAAUAUCUACCUGCACAGAUAUUCUCAGUGAGAAAAUAAUUAUUGGAAGUUCUUGUUUCUUUUUGUUUCCCUUUAUUUUUCAUGCCUUAAUUGAGUUAUUAAGAUAUUCUCAUGGUGCUGAAUGUCCUGCUGUAUGUUUACAACAAUGUUUCAGAGUGACAGUGUUUGCACAUACUGUAUAGGGUAUAGCAAGGUAAUGGCGGGUAAAUGCAAGCAUUCAGAUUCAAAGUUUACAGGCUCAUUUGAAACUACCAGGAAACUGCAAAAAAAUCUGAUUCUGAUUUCCUUUCAAGGAAGCACCAUAUUUUAGAAAAAUGUGUGCAAGUUAAAGCUUAAAGGCAUGACUUUAUUUUUUUAUUUUCAUCUUUUAAUAAGCUGUCACAAUGACGUAGGCGAGGAUGUGUGAUUGUGUUUGUAUGUUUGCAUGUGUGCAUGUAUGCGUAAAUGAAUAAAUGAGCGUGUGUGUCCAUGAUUAUGUGCAAUAAAUCAUGAGCAAAGCAAUGACCCCUAGGAUGUGAACAAAGAGAAUGUGAACACAGAAUUGUUGGUUUUCUAUUUAUAGUUUGGGGAAGAGAGAAGAAAGGGGACUUCAUAUUAACAGCAUUAGGCCACUGGGCAUAACAUACAGACAAAUUACCUGGAGCGAUUGUAAAAUACACAGACCACUGUAAUACUACUGAACUUGUACCACUUCAAUUUUAAAGUGCAAAUCAAAGGGCAACAUUUUGUGAAAACUGUCUCUGUAGUCUCUGCAGGUAAACUAGCAUCUUAAGAGAAAUCCUGACGUCUGACAUGGGACUUCUGUCUCCUCAUUUUAGCUGUUUAUUGCUCUGGGGGGCAGAGUCAGUGCUUUUGGACAGCACUUUGAGCGGCUGCAGGGGCAGACAGGCCUCUGCCAGCCUCUGGACUGAGUCCUGGACAUGCUACACUAUAUCUGUGUCUCUCCUUCUCCUCAGGGCGUCAUGUCUCAUUUCCAAAUGUGCUGGACAUACAACAACCAACCAGCCCUCAAUCAACUGUUGUAUUCUGGGUGUUGCAGUAGGUAAAGAUUUAUGUCAGUGGAUAGAUAGAGUACACUUUAAACUUUAUAUGGGCUCAAGUCAUGGUGAACUUCUUGGGCUUUGGGCUAACUCAUCAUCCUCACCCCUUUUACACUAUCUGUGAGCCAGACAGAAGACUAUAAUUCUUGUGUAUUCAUGUACAUUUUUCAGGGAUGUAAAUAUUGAAGUGUUUGUUUUGGGUUUUAGUCGAAAAGUGAAGAAGAAGAAAAAAAAAAGGUUUAGUUUUGGUCACAAUCAUCUGCCGGACAGAAAAUCAGCCAUUGUGAGCGAGUCGGAAAGUUGCUGUAAAGAGAAAUAAGUGUAUUUGUGUUAAUACUGUAUGUGUGUACUGUACAUUUAUGACCAUGUGUAUAGAAAAAUAUUAGUAUUGUAUAAGAUUUAUAUUAUGUGUUAUUAUUAUAGAAGAGAAGAGAAUCUGUAUUAAAAGGUGAUCUAUCUAAGAAUU